UGUGGCUUAAACGAAAUAGUUUAAGACGAACUUUUGACGGUUAAACAUCAUGCCAACGGAUUAUGUAUUUCUAUAAACGAUCGUGUACGGUUUUUUGUUUUCUACUACUUUUAAUACAAAUUCAAAUUAGAUCUGAAAAAAACGAGUUGUAUAUCGGUUUGAAAGUCUGUCAAAACUCUUAAGAGUUUGGGAUUAAAGUGUCAAAAAGAAACGAAAUAAUGAAAAAGAAAUAGUAGACCGUUUUUUUAUAUAAUUAUGUUAAAUUAUACAUUUUAAAUUAUUUAUUGUUUAGUGUUAAUGUUUAUACAACAAUAAUAAAGAAACAAAUUUUAAUUUGAUAUGAAGAAAACCCCCCCUUUAUGAAUAUGAUGAAAGGGAAAAUGUUUGAAAUUUAUAUUUGGUGGUAAACAAAGUUUAAUAUAUUGUAUAUGAAAGUAUGAAAUUUGUUUUAAUAAAAUUAUAAAUUUUUAAGAAAGACCAACCAUAAUCAAGGUUAAUUUGUUUAAAUAAUAAUAAUAGAAAAAAAGUUGAGAUUACCAGACAAAUAAAUGGCCCGUUAAGUGGAUUUCAAAGAAAUGAAAAUAAUCUUCAAAAAAUUUGUUAUAAAAAAAUGGUGAAAAUAUUAUUUAAACCAACUGAGAAUUAUAAGAAAAGUGGACUUUGAAAUUUGAAUGAAAAGGCCUUUUAAAAUUCUGAAAGAAAAUUUCAAAAUAUUUCAAAAUUUAUCUAAACCGAAUGAGAAUUAUAACAAAGUUUGUGUGAAAGAACUUUCAAAGGCCCGAAACGUGGAAAUUAUAAACUUUCAUGGACUGUCAAAUAACUGUAAAUAAAAACUAUAAAAAGUUUAUUAAAACGGGACUCAAACAAUCCAAAGUUAAAGCUAUUUAUGAGCAAAUUCCAAAAAAUCGUCAAAUUCUUUAAAAAACUCAACGAAAAAGUGAACAAAAUUUAAAAAAAACUAGCGAACUUAACGAAAAUUUCAUGAAACGAAAUUUUAAGAAAAUCUUAAAAGCAAAACGAAUAAAAAGUAAAACCAAAAAAAAAAACGAAGAAAAAUCUAUACAAACACAAAAAAUAUUAAAAAAAGUGAAAAAGAAACAAAGAAAGUUUAAAAUUUUUAACGAAAACUAUCGAUCAAUAUCAGAAUUCUGAGAAAAAAAUCUAACGAAAAUAAGAAACUAAACUCAAAAAGUACAAAAUUGACAAGGAAAACAAGAAUAUAGACCCCUCGCCCCAAUAUCAAACCUAAAGGUCACCUCAAACUUUAACAAUUAAAAUGUCCACUUUUUUACCUAAAACGGAAUAACAGUAAAAAAAAAAACUCAUCAAACAUGCAUCGCAUACAACGAAAACCUUCUAGUGAAACUUUAACCAGUGUGGGCAUGGAUAGCACUAUCGAUUCGCGAAUGUCUAGUGCUGAAGUACCACAAAUGGAAUUGCUAAAGGUCAAUUAUGUUCAUCAGUGUAAAGAGGCAUUUAUGACUAAAACCGGUUCAGUACCGAAUUAUAAUUUUAUGGAAUUUAAAAAAUGUUCUCCACAUUCUCUUAACGGCAUAACACAUGCUCUACCCCCGGUUACACGUAAGAAUAUAGCCCGGGUAACGGUUAAUCGUCUGGAGGCUCCCAAUAAGCCUUUACCACCACCACCACCCACCGUCGAAUCAUGGCAAUUUUUGCAAAAUUCCAAACGUACUACCAAUUCACCGCCGAAAUUUAUAAAGCCACCUCAAGAAGAAAAGAAUGAAUGUUCCUCGUCUUCGUCAUAUUGUGCCACAAGCUAUGAUGGGGCCUCUGAAUCGGAUGCCACCCUAACGGGAGAUGGUGUUAAAUCUAAUAGUUGGAAUUAUCGCAAUAAAAUGUCUACUUGUGACAUUAGAAGAGAUAUGGCUAGGGCUGGUAUAAAAUCUCGAGCAGAUCGUAUAGCUCGUAUAGAGCGUACCGAGUGUGAGCAUAGUAAAACCGAAAGAGAAGCACCGACUCGAGAGCCCGCCAUAGAAAGAAACGCUGAUAGUAAUGUUAAUCCCAAAGAAGCGGUAGCGAAAAUCAAUCAAAUGUUUGAGGCACAAAAACAAAUAAAAAACUUUCCACCACAACCCAAUCGACCGGCACCAGUGCCACACAAAGAACCCAAUCGUCGACUUAAACCAACGGCUCCUCUCAAAGAUAACGCACAAGUUAGAAGUUCUUUAAACAAAUCCAAUGAUUGUUCAGAAUGUUCGGAAUGCUCUCAAGAAUCUUCACGUACUAAUUCCUCUUGUUCCGAAAGUUGUUCCCUUAUAAGUCAAGAAACCGUACAAUAUCGGCGUAGUGAAUCGAAAGAUCGUAGAGCAAUAUCACGUAUACCCAAACCUAUAGCCGACAAACACUCCUCACGUACAACGAUGCAAAGUAAUGUGCAAAAAUCGGAUAAUGAACGUUCCAAAAGAAAUGAUAGAAUACAAAAAUCCAAAUCCAUAGAACAGCUAAGUGAUCUGGAUAAAGAAAGUAAAACGGCACAAGACACAAGACACUCUUUGGGUAUAGAUCAACAGCUGUUAAGAAAUACCCGCAUUUCAGUGGGUAAUUAUCAAAAAGCCAAAGUGGAAAGAGUUCAUAUACGUAAGAAACGUCAACCUCUGUUGAUAAUAAAUCAAUUAAAUGAACCAGAACUGAAAAGACAUGAGGAGGGACAAGUGGAACGUAAAUCAACUUGUGGUUAUAAAAAUUGCAGUUUUGACAAUUGUCCCAUGUCGCCAGCGGAUCAUGAAAAUAAACAUAAACCACCUUUCGAUGAUGAUUGCAAUAAAUUAAAACGUUUAUCUUUGGAAAGUAACUCGGAUUCGGGGGUCUCGUCGUCACAUGACUUUAAAGACGAUAAGAAAAGAAUAUCGCAGCUAAAAAACAUCGAUAAGUGUUCGGAUGUUAAACAAACACAGAAAAAGGCAUUAAAUAAAUCCGAACACUUUGAAAACUAUGCCUAUGAAAAGUUCAAAUCCGAUAAAACCGAAACAGCAAAAGAGCAAAAUCUAACGCCUAAAAACUCCGGAUCACAAGUGAAAAUAGUGCAAAGUUCAUUUAACUCACACUACAAUACAGCCGAUCCCAAUGAUGUUAGUAAUUUUGCCAAAAAGAACCUUACCAAGGCCACUACCAAUGAGGCUUUAAAUAAUUCCUCUUCCCUGAUCAAGUCUAGUACCAAACAGUGCAAUAUAGAAAAUGAACAAAGAUUGAAAUAUCAAAAUAAUUUACAAAAACCCAGUAAAACUUCAACGACCCACAUAAAAAUCGAAGAUGAUUGGGUUAAGGAAGAGGGUGUAGAGCAACAAGAUGAUUAUAUAGAAUGUGAUUCUUUAAUGAUAACCGAGAAACCCAUAAGAAAACCCAUUAAUAGCAAUGAUAAUGCGGUUAAGAUCUUUGUAAGAAGUUCUCAGCUAUCCAAUGACUUAUGUAGAUCUUCCUGUGCCUCAGCCAACUCUUUUGUUUCACAAACUUCUGUGUGCACACAAAAUUCUACCACAUCGAACAGUUCAUUGACCAGCUCCUCGGUCUCAUCAGUGUCUUCUUCGGGUUGUGGCAGUUCUAAUGCUGACAAUCAAUCACUAUGCGAUUCCGAAAGAGAUUGUUGUUGUCAACUUACCAAUUCAGCGGGUAUGUUUUUCAACAGACCCUGUUCAGCCCUUAGUCAUGAACAUCAAAGACUAUGUGCCGGUUCUCCUCUAUCAUCCACAGAUGCUAUAAGUGAUAUAAGUAGCUGUGUGACGUGUUCCACAAAUCCCAGUACAGUUAUAUCACCCCUGGCACUAGCUAACACCGUACAAUGUUGCAACAAUAGCAAUGGAGUAUUUUGGAAUAAUUCCUAUAUGUCAAUAGAAGCUCAAGACGAGAAUAAUUUACCACCUUGCUGCUGUAGUGUAUCAUCAUGUGAUGAUGACAAUUGUUCUUAUUAUGAAGGAGAUAAUAAUAGCAAAAACGUAGGUAAUGAACUUGUUGUCCGCUCUCGAGAAAGUGACAGUACAAAUAGACUUAAUGAAGGUAGAGUUAGUGGUAGUGGUGGUGGUGCUGGCAGUGACAAAGAGAAUAAAAAGGAACUUAACUAUCAAAAGCAUCAUACACCGCAGCAACAGCUGCAAAUGCGAAAUCUAACUUAUCAAAAUCAACAUCCCACACAACAGCAACAACAAACGAAGCGUAAUGUACGCAAUAGUAGUGCUGAAGAGAUAUUAAUACGUAAUAAAUUGUUAAGAAAGGUAAGUCGUCAUCGUUGUCUAUCUUAUAAUUUAAGGUUGUAUAUAUAUACACGUUGUCGUAUAAUUAUCUACUCUAUUGAAGCGGAAGCCCACUCACUUAGUUACUCACCCAGACAGGCAAACAGACAGACAACAUCAAUUGCAACAAAUUUUUGUAAAUGCAGACGAAAUCCAAACAAAAGAAGAGUUCACUUAGUUUCCGUUUCACUUGUUGUCAUUGUCGACUCCGAGGCCAGACGUUUAAAACGUGGUCAUGUUCUAAGCGAACUUUUAGAAACGGAAAGAAUCUACGUUAGUGAAAUGAGUUCAAUACUAAAGGGUUAUUGCGAUCAAAUGCAUUCGGAGGAAAUGAUCCAUUUAGUACCGGCCAGUCUUCAGGGUAAAGAAGAUAUAUUAUUUGGCAAUUUACAUGAACUCUAUACGUUUCACAAUGAUGUUUUUCUUAAGGAUUUAGAAAAUUGUAUAUCAACCACUGAACUAGUGGCAUUAUGUUUUGUACAAAGGCGUGAUACUUUUUAUCGUUUAUAUUCCUUCUACUGCCAAAAUAUACCACGUUCAGAUCGUCUGCGUGAAACUUUAGUUGAUACUCAUCUCUUUUUACAAGAAUGCCAAAAACGUUUAGGUCACAAGCUUCCCUUGGCGGCCUAUUUACUAAAACCAGUGCAGCGUAUAACCAAAUAUCAAUUGUUACUUAAAGAUCUGUUACGUUUUAGUGAUAGCGGCAGUUGUACCAAAGAAUUACAAAAGGCUUUGGACUGUAUGCUCAUUGUUUUGAAAUGUGUCAAUGAUUCAAUGCAUCAAGUGGCUAUAACGGGAUUUCCGACCGAUUUAUCUCAACAAGGCGAGCUAUUGUUGCAAGAUUCAUUUCAGGUUUGGUCUGAAUCGAAAAAAGACUUACGUCUGCGUAUAAAACCCCAACAAAGACAUAUAUUUUUAUAUCAAAAAUCUAUGUUGUUUUGUAAGCAAACUUCGAAACCGGGCCACAAUAAGAGCACCUAUCAGUUCAAGCAUUACUUAAAGUUCUACGGUAGUAAAUUUGUAGCCCUAGCCGAUUAUGUGGCUGUGGGACAUUCAGAGGUCUCAAUGCGAGAAGGAGACAAUGUCGAAUUGCUUAAGGUGGGCUGUGCGGGCUGGUGGUAUGUGCGUAUAUUAGAUACCAGUUCAGAAGGUUGGACCCCUGCAGCAUAUUUGGAAUCGAUCAAUCGAAAAUCUUCUCGAUCAUCAAGCCGUAAUCAAGAACGCUUAAAUUUAAAUAAGUUAAAUGAUUAAUUUUUAUUUUUUAACUCUAAAUUAUUAUUUAUAAAACGUUAUUUAUAAACAUAUAUGUAUACAUAUAACUUAAGUAUGUGUAUGUUUAAGAUUAUCUAUAAAAAUAUUGGAAAACUUUAUAAAUUAAUUACGUGAAAGAAUCUAUUGAAAUUUGAAAAAUAAAUUAAAUAUUUAGAUUUGUAUAUUGCACGCUUUAUGGUUGAUCCCUCCUAUCUGAACUUUAAUACUUUACAUGGACACAGAGGAUCAUACAAUAUUUAUGAAAUUAACACACUCAUGUUUGCCUUUCUUAAAAAUCUAUUAAAGAAGCUUAAAGUUUUUAAUAUAAAUUAAAUAAUAAUUAAAAUAAUAUUAAAUAAACACCGACCAUGGCCUUUAAAGUGAGGUUAGGGAUAUGGAAUUAUAAUGUUGAAAAGAAUGUUGUUAAAAACCAAAGAUCGAUUUAAGAAAUUACCUUUAUUAUAAUUUUCCUAUUAAAUAAAUUAUAGACUAGACUAUUAACUAGACUAUGGAUUAGACUAUAGAAUAAACUUUAACUAAAUUGACUACAUAGAAUUGACUACCAUAUACUAGAUUAUAAACUAGACUACAUACUAGACUUUUCUUUAGUUUAGACUAUAAACUAUUCCAUAGUAUACUGUACUAUAGACUAGACUAUAAACUAGGCUGUAAACUAGACAAUAGACUAGA